AUUAGCUGAUUAGCUGAUACGUGACGUCAAUCGUUAGCGUUUUUUUAUCAUAUCAAAUGUUCAGUUCAAAUCUCCCUUCAAUACUUUUAAUUUUAAUAAAUUUACUCACUCGAUUUCUAUUGGUCGAUGCUUAGAAAUUUUCCAGUGGACUGCCAAUCAGAAAAUUUUAUUUAAAAUCAGCCAAUCGGAUGUGUGCUAUAGGAUCUCUUGAAACAAAGUCAAGUGUUAUCCAUCCAAUUGGCUCAAGUGACAAUGAAAGAUGCGAUUGGUCGAUUUGAAUCAAAUCGGUUUUUAAAAAUGGAUGUCACUUUCAAGUUUUACAAUACACAUGUCAUUCGCUGCUUUUUGUUUACAUCCAAGAACGCUCGUGUUGUCAAAAACAAAAUACGAUAUUCGUCAAGUUAAUAAUUCCUGAUCAGUUAAAUAUUUGGUUAAAUAUCCCCGUCGAGUUUUUAUGUGGCUGUAUAAUCUUUGUUUGGAGCAUAUGCAGCAGUAGUGUCCGAAAGAAAAAUUAUUGUCACCUCAUUCCGGCGAGGCAACUUUCUGCGGAAUAUUUCGCAGCGGAAAAAUGGAAAGGUAUCAGCAGAUGAGGGCAUUUAUAUCAGCAGCCUUGGAUUAUUCCAAGCAUCCUAGCGAAAGUGCAACUUCUGUCAUACAAAGAAGCCUCGGGGUAAUAAGCGCGUCAAUGGAUCUGGGUAUAUUUGAUCCUGGUACCAGCGUAGCUGCAGAAUUCUACAUAAGCCUGUACGAAUUUAUGAACUCUGUAGGGUCACGAUCUACCUUGAUCUGGAGCGCUGUAGACGUUCUGCAAAAUGUAUGUCGGAAUAUAUCCGCUAGACAAUCGCUUAUACAUACAUAUAAAUUUGCGCCAAUAUUAGCAAGAUUAUUAGAGGCGAAUCUGACGACUGAAAAGAGAAUACGAGUAUUAAAAUUACUACAGGAGUUAACAUAUGGAAUUAAAAUAUCAUGGCAAGAAGCUCACCUUCCAUAUUUGAUUUCCACGUUAACUCAGUGGGUGGUACAAUCAAAAGAGGAAGAAAUUAUUGCACUUUUUUUAGGUGUCCUGGUAAAUCUGUGUUAUAAAAAUCUUCCAGCGGUAUAUACAUUAAUGCGAACUGUCAAUACUAAAGCAUUUAUCAGGACAUUGUUGAAGCUCCAAGAUCAUGUUAAUACUAGCGUGCAAUGUUGCAAAUUGUUAAUUAUAUUAGAACCAACUAAUACAAACAUUUCGGAGAAAUAUAUCAUGGACUUUGCGUCGCUUACAUUUAUCAAUCUCAGAACAGCAAUGAAACAGAAAGAUGUUUUAUUAUUGAGACAUAUUGUUGACUUUUUUAAUGAUGUUGGACAAAAUGAGCAUUCACGAAACGUAUUGCUCACAUAUUCAAAUUAUGGCAAAGAUGUAGAAAAUAUAUUAGCCAUUUUGGAAGAAAACACAGAUCCGGAAUGUGUCGCCCUUAUGAUGGAAUUCUUACUAUCGUUGGUGAAGCUGAAAAUAAAUGCCUUAACACCUCUGUAUCCUGCAUGCAUAAAAUCAGCGAUGACGUGGGUUCCUGUGGAACAAGUAUGUUCAAAAGCUUUAGCUCUCAUACGAACCGUGAUAAUCGAUUCUCGGCGCACUAAAACCUCUAUCGAAGUUCUAACGGAAGUAGAUCCAUCUGUCCUUAUGCUUAUAACAAAUCCAGAGAACGAAGUUAACGAGCAAAAUAGAAAUCAGAACGUAGAAGCGGAAACGAAGCAAGCCGAACUGAUGCAAUUGUUUCAAGAAAUGAUCAAGACUCCUUCAUUGAAGAAGAAGAUCAUGCAGUCGUUCAACGAACAUGCGAUGCGCAGACUAUUCAGCCACUUGCUGAAUAAUGAAUUUUCCGCUGCUGGAGAUUGGACCGGAAAUUUUAUUCAAAAUGCUACCAAUCUUUACAUUCAUGCCUUAGCCUUGACAGCAGAUUUGGCGGCGAAUCAUUCCAACUGGUUGACAUUGUAUUCCGAAUUACUUAGUAGAAAACAAGUGCAAAUGAUAAUCGCCCUUGCAUUAUUCACUGGUGAUAGCGAAGUGAAGCAGAAAAUUUUGCAGUUGACAUCAUCAAUUGGAUUUCCACAAGACUGUGUUUCUGCAGUGGCACUUUGCAUGAAAGAAUUAGAACCGUUGAUAUUAGUUCAGAGCACUAACAGCAACGUAUUGGAAAUAUCAAAUAAAGCAUCCCUUUAUGCUGGGAAUGAAUUGGCGCCAUUAUUUUCUAUUGCUCAAAAAGAGCGCCUCGAUACAUGUUUAGCCAAGCUGGAGUCAGCUUUGGAAUUGAAUCAGAUUAAUGAUAUUCCAACGUCUGCAGUAAUGGAAUUAUACGAAUAUAAGUUAGCAGCAAUGAGACAUUUCGAAAGGGCGAUGCAAUCAAGUUUAGAAGCGGCAAAUAAUCAUGCUACUAGUCUUCAACAUAGAUUAGCGCAAGUAGUAGCUGAGUCUAGUAGAUUACAUCAAUUGUUAUUUGACACUCAACAGUGUUUGGAAGGAAUAAAAGCUGAAAAGUCUGUAUUAUUAGGAAAAUUUAAUGAGAUGGAAGAUCAAUCUAAGAAAGUGCUUCUUAUGAAAAAACAAGAAAUUGAAUCUUUAAAAAAAAUUGUGAUAGAAAAAUCAACAAAUUUAGAAGAUUUGAAUGUAAAAUUAGUGCAACGUACAGAAGAAUUAGAAGCUAGCAAUAAUAAAAUUGAUAUAUUAAGCAAAAAGAUCAAGGAAUUAGAUAAUGAACGUUUAAUCGCUGACGCAAAAGCCACAGACAUGGGUAAUAAAAAUCAUGAAUUAAGUAAACUUUUACAAAAGCUGAAAGAUUCUCUCAGCAAAAAAGAACAGAUUUUAGAGAAAAAGAAUACAGAGAUAGAAGCGAAUCAGAAUGACAUAUCUGCGCUCAAACAAGAAAUUCAACAAAUGACGCAUAUGCUACAAACAUAUGAGCAAACUAUAUCGGAAAAAGAUAGGAAUAUUCAAAGAAUGAAAGGGGAACUGAAAGAGCUGAGUCGCAUGCGUGAUAUGAUUUUCGAGCUUACUGCUAAAAACAAAGAUGAUACAAAUUCAAGUUAGCAACUCUUUCAUUUUAGGAUUAUUAAUAAAUACAGAAAAUGUAUAAUUUAUCGAUAUAAUUUCUAUCCUCCUAAUCUAACAUUCUUCAUGGGCGUAUCAAUUUUUUUAUAUUUAAUAUUAUAAAUUUUAUCCACAUAAAAUAACAAAUGGAUAUAUUAUAGUAUUUUAAUCUAGGAAAUUUUAACUAUGAAAAUAACACAAUGUAUAUUUUAAUAUAAAAACAUUUAUUGAAGGAAUGAAUGAUAGAAACAUGAAUAAAAAAAUUUAUGUAUAAAUAAUCGAUUAUUAUUAUUGUACGCUUGUUCAUUACUUAUUCAAUACGAUCAUAACAUUUGGAUAAAAUUUUGGUUUAAUUAUUCGCACAUAGAACUGCUUAUAUAUCUUUUUCAUCAAUUAAAACGCGAUUAUACAUAAUUUUGCAUACUUACACAAAUUUUCAUUUCGUUAAACAUAUUAAGUUGAUCAAAGAUGUACAGUAUAUGCAUGCGAUACUUCACGUGAUUAUUUUUCUGUGCUAAAUACAAUUGUUAUCAACUUCUAUUUAUUUCAUAUUGAAAUGCUUAAAACAGAA